AUGACCACGGCGUCCUUGUUGCUUACGCCGUCGGCGCUGCAGGAACGAGCCGCGCCCGCAGUGUCCCACUUGACUUCCUCACCGCUGCUGGUGGAUGUGGUGCCUUUCGAGGCUUCUUUGCAGCGCCUGCUGUACGAGAAAGUCUCUACAGAGGAGCAACUGUGCAGCUACGCAGUACAGCAGGCCUACCGGGGACUUCUGUACGGUGUCCGUGCAGCGAAACUGUCCUUAGCAGGGGUGGGGACGCAUGGUACGAAUCAUGACUUUGCGUUGGUGUCGUCCAACGAUGGCACGUUGCAUCGCGACACCAUUUUGGGAACAGCGAUGGGCACAGACGCGUGUGUGCUUCGCGGGUGGCAAGCAGUGCUCUAUCGCAUGGCGCUUGUGGCCACUCGCUCUGCGGCGGACCUUGAGUGUGUCAUCUUUUUAAGCACCCACAUUCUCUGUGACAAGGCGUCAGCGUACGGUCAGGGAAAUGAACGUCCGUGCUGCACCCACGAGUGGACGCAAGCACUGCUCCAAGGACUGCCAUUAGGGAGUGACGCAAAGGGCGGCAGCGAGCACAAGGAACUUGAUGAUCGAUUUUCUCGCCUUGUACAGGCAAAUCGGCGGUACCAGCUUGGAUUUCUUCUCAUCUUGUCGAACACGCUCCGCAUGUUGGCUACCGGUCACACUGAGGGCCAGCGGUUGUGCACCGAGCACACGGUGCUAUUCAGAGGCAUUGCAGAGGAGAUGUUACCAGCGGUUGCACACUAUGUGGAGGAGUCGAUGCGCGAGAGCGCAAUGCAUGCCGCAAAGAGGGCGAGUGCGGACGGCGCCGCCUCGCUGCCGACCCGACUGGCGGUGGAGAUGAAUCACCUCAUCGUGCACUGUAUGCAUUGGCUGACCACGGAUGUACUUUCGGCGCACAUGGACGCAGAGGCCGACUCCGCCAUGGACGGGAAAGGGGUAGCGCUCCAGUCGAAAAGAAAGAAAAAGCGCCCACUGGUGCUCGAUCGUGACCAGCCAGCGUGUCUAUGGGGAUGCGUUACGCUGCUUCGCAACGCGCUGCGACGCAGCUUGCGUUGGCUCGCCGAGGAGUUUGACAACCGUGGCUCCCGCACAGCAUCGUGCCCGGCAACGGCGCUGCUGUCGGCUGUCUCGCAGCAGCUCGAACAAGUGUUCGCAGAUGCGGUCAAGCACCAGGAACUACUACAGAACGCACUCCUCAACGCGACACGCGAGUUUGGUGGAGUUACAUCAGCCAACACGCGGAGUCUGACGGAGAUGAUGUGGGCCCACACACUACAGAUGAACUUACUUGCUCGUAAUUUGACUGGUGUGUGGGUGGCUGUGCAUGGAGGUCUGGGCCUGUCGACAGCAUCGCUAGAUCUUGUUCUUCCAGCGUACAAGGAUGUUUUGAUGCUCAUUGCCAGCACCCUUCUGCGGGUGCCCGCGUUGGACGAUGCGAGAGAGAGCGAGUGGACAACCUUCAUGGCAACUGACGCGGCCUUGAGUGCGUGCUUCGCACUCGUCGCGGCCGCGCCCACCACAACGCUGCAGGCAGAGUUGUGGGCCACAGACAGCAACGUCACACAGCAGGUCCACGGUCUUCUGGUGCAGCGGGCCUUGCGGUUCCGCAAUGAGCGGGUGCUCAGGCUAGCCUCGCUGCUUUCGCGCGCUGUGCUGGAGGCGGCGGUGCGCGACGGCGCUCUCGCAGGAUUCGCAGCAGACUCGUCUGAACAGUUGUUAGAGCUACUCGAGUGUGAGGACGACGCUGCGUCGCGGUGCGUGGGUGAGCUGCUGUGUGUAUCUAUCCUUGAGCACCCCUACCGUCUUAUCCCUGCGCUGUUUCGUAUGCUGCAGCAUGGCAGCGCGGUCACCCGGCGACAUGUGCUGGAGGUGCUGUGUAACCUACCAGACCUCAUCUCGGAGACGCCCUCCGCCGAACAGGACGCAACGGAGGUGUAUCCAUUGCGCUUUAGCGCACUGGCUACCGUGGCACCGUGCUCUGGUGACCAUGCGAAGUCUGUAGGUGCUCGUCGCCGCAACGUACUCAGAUUACUCGCAGAGAACCUUUUGCUACAGCUGCAGGACGAGGAGCUGUGCGUGCGGCUUCUGAGCUCGUCCUUGUUUGCCAAAGUGCACCCGGAAGAUGUACUGUUCCCUCUCUUGAACCUCUGUAUGCAGCAAGAUGCCACCGGACGUAAGCAGAGCGCCGCACUAUCGGCGUUGACUUCGAUUAUCACCGCGCACACGGACACAGUGGAGACGUACCUUCUGCUGUUGCAAUGCGGAUAUCAGUGCCACGCGGCGGCAAUUGGCGACGUCUCCAGUGGUGUAAUCGCGCUUGGAAAAGAAAAGGUAGGUACCGAGGAUGGAGGCAGCGAGCAGAGCCCCACUGAGAUGCGGCGACCGACUCCACAGACGCCAGGUGACAUUCUAUCGCAGGCUCUCCUCUACUCAGUCGAUUGCGAUGCAGGAGAGACGCAGGACUUGUUCUUGACAUCGGCUUCGAGAACGACCACGGCGGACAAGAUAGACGUAGCACCCUGUGACGCGCAUGGCGGCACUCGACGCCGCAAGACAGCACAGUUGCAGACGGCGCUUCUGACGCUCACAGAUCGGUGGGUCCAGGCUGCAGCGCGGAGUUGGACAUACGUGCGCCAUUCCUUCCCUCUUCUCCAGUAUCUGAAACACCAAGCGAACUGCACCGCGACUGACGGCGCAGAUCAUGGCAGCGACUCUGAUGCCCCUGCGGUGGAGCGACUCCAAUGGACGACGAAGUACACGCUGCGGCUAACCGCAACGCUCACUGGCCUCGUGGACGGUGGACUCUCCGCAACGGGCCAGGAUCGACUCCACCUGGUGCAUCUUCGUGCCAUCUGGGACACGUUCUUUGCCCGUGCUUCGGCGACGGAAGGGCCGCCAGGUGACGAGUGGUCAUGCAUUAUCGACGGCACAGGAGGCGCCCACAGCAGGGACGCAGAAUCGUUGGCAUGCCUGCACGCAGCGUUGCUGCCGCUCUUGUGCUUACGUAGUUGUGCACCGAGCACGUUCGCCGUUGCAGACGCGACCUUCGUGGAGGAUGCGGUAGCGUCACCAGAGGAGGGCGGCGAUGACGAUGACGGUGCCAAUGUGGUGCGCCGGCUAUGGUGCGUCCUCUGGCGCGGCGCCACGAACGGGUCGACAUCGGGGGCCACAUUUCUUGCCACCCACCCGGACAUUCAGCGGGUCGUGCUGGAGGUGCUGUGCCGGUUCCCUGCAAGCCUCUUCUUUCACGCAUGGUCGCAGUGGAUAACGGCGCAAGCAAAAUAUGUUGCUGCUGCCAAUGCUUCUAUCUCACCAGACGACGAGCUGCCGGCUCCACGGCUGUUUGCGUAUCGGGUGUACCUCUUCGGCGUGUCAUCGUACCUUGCCGCCGCGAGUGUGCAGGCAGCGCCACGGCAAAGCGACUUGUCGGUAUCUACUGUGGCGACUCUCUCAACAGAGCACGGUGGCUGUCAGGCCAGCGACUUGCAAGUUGUCCUGGGGCACUGUGCCACGCUGGAACGACUGGUGAAUGUCACGUUGCCCCGGUGGCUGAUGGAAGAGGAAGAAAACAUAUCUGUUGCUUUCUCAUCGGCGCAGCAGGUGGACUCCGUCGGAGUGGCCGGAGGAGUGGUACCACGGAGAGGGAUUCUCCAGGGCUCGAGUGAAAAGGCGGAGGCAAUGAAGCAGCGGCUGUGUGUCGCUGCUGUCGAUGCUGCUGCUGUUAUCGGCGUAGCCAGGCUAAUUCAGCCCGACGUUUUCACAACUUCCUCUUCACCACCGACUCCUGGCGAUGGGAGCGUCUCAACACUCCACAUCUUGUGCACCCGUCUGCUUGAAGCGCCACUGAGAGGGUUAGCCAAGGUGUACAGAGAACCCGAGAAUUGCAAGACCUCGAAAGGGCUGCCAAAGCACGACGGCGUCGUCAACGAAGCGGACUGGCCCCUGCAGCUGACCCGAUUUCAGCUAUGCCUCCGCAUUCACCAGCGCAUGCUCCAUGCCAUUUCUCUUCACCCUGCCGACGCGAAGGGUUUGCUGUUGUGCUGGUUUCGAGGUUUCCUUCGCCCAUUUGUGGAGGUGUCGAACGCUGCAUGCAAAAGCGUGGUGGGGAGAGAACUGCACGAGUGCUCUGCAGCCGUAGAUGCAUGCAAUGUCAUUUUUCAAGCUGUUCUGCUGUCAUGCAAGAUCAGCAAUGCUACUUCCCCCGCUUUGACCAACUCGGUAGAGGACAAGGCGACGUCCUCGUCACCUCUCCUCCUCCGGCUUGCGUGGGAGGAGAGGGAGGCGCUUGUGAACUUCUCCCUUGGUUGUGUGCGGUUUAUCGCGUCGGCAGCAGUGCAAACAGUUGGUGUUCGCCUCCUUUCUGCCGUCCUUGUUGCUGCUCCCGAGCUCUUCUUGAGCAUGGAGGGACUGAGUACACAGUCACGCACGUCAACGCCUCCCAUUGGUAUUUGCCCUUCCGCCUUCCCCUGGGGCGCGUCCGCAGACGCGCAGUGGCCUCUGAGCUCCGCUGCAUCUGCGCUGCAGUCCAUUGCCCUCAUGCACGCUGACCGCCCCACCCGUGUUCUGGCCGAUGAGGUGUUGCGAAUGCUGGAGAAAGCGGCAACUGCAAGCAGCACUUAG